AGGACUUCAUGAAUAGGACCAUUACAUCGUUGUCAUCAGCAUGUCACUACACAUCGUAGUAGUAUACAUAUGUAUGUGUGUAUACAGUGCGCUCACAAGCUCCCAUAUCGAUCGAUGAACUGCAUCGAUUUUCAUUGAUCAGCAGGUGUACAGCUGUAACCACAACUCCCACAACUGUGGCCUCGUAGCGGCGUAGCAAAUUGGGAAGCGAAGAAUAUAGGAUAGUAAAAAUAUUGAUUAGUGUUGAACGCGAAGGCGCAAACUCGGAUCAAAUACUUGGAGGACUUCAUGAAUGACACCUUGCAUAUGGAAAGGACAAUUCUUCGACUGUAGAAUCCCUAUCAGCUGUGCCGUGAGUCAGGAAGCGACGAGGAUGCCUUGCAGGUUUUUCCCGUGCGCGUUCCUCGUUUCGCUCAGUUUCAUCUCUACAUUUGCUACCCAGGAUCCCCGCUACUUCAUAGAUAAUCCAGCUGGCUCCCCACCCGAAGACGUCCACUUGAAGCAACUGGCAAGGUUGUUCAACUUGGGUAAUCAAAAUGCCCUUUACAGCCUGUUACAGCAUCGUCUGGGAACCAUUAGGGACUCUGAUACGGUUCGCCGGUACCUGGCCACCCUUGCUAAGAGAUCGAACAUGGCACACUCCCUUUCAAAACAGAAAAGGCAUCUUACCAAUGACCAUCUUGCGCAGCGGGUCGGUCUAGUAGUUGAAGAUAACCUUGACUCUAACGAAGUCUUGCAGGAGCUUGUUACUGGUGUGCGGAGCAACCCUAGAGAAAUUUAUCAUCUGGAUCACAGUUCUCCAAGUCACGAAAUUAACCAUCCUGAUUACAACGCACCAAGCGCCGGGGCCGAUUUCCCGCAGCAUCUCCAGAAAUUUCAUCCUCGCCGCGAGAGCGUUCCCGAGCUCGGAAUGAAAGAAGCCCCGCUCUCAUACUUGACUCUCUCAAAUCCGAAACCAGGGUACCUACGUCACAACAACGAGCGCGCGAAAACGGUUCCGGACUUCACUUAUACCUUCCUAGACUUCGGGUCCCUGAGGCAGGGACCCUUCAUAAAACCAGAUGAUCCUCGCUACUAUGAGGAAACUCCGGUCUCCACUCUUUUUACAGACGCAUACAAAGCGAAUCCACUGAACAAAGUAGAGAUCGCUGAGCGGAUUCUCCGGACGAAGAACGAAGACCUCCCACAACUGGUGGGGUUCAAAGAAUUGCGAGACGUCCAAUCUCGCCAGCACUCUUCGCAAGAGACGGUGAAUCUCAACUUGGAAGACCGCGACAGCAGCGUUGAUGAUGACAACGCUAAUCAACUCAUCGAUCGAUCGGGCUCGGUUCAACGUCGCGCGGACAACCAUGGCCUUCUGGUACGGUGCCUUGAUCGAAAGAUUCGGAACGAGAUCUACUUCGUUGCCGUCGUCGCUGGGUGCAGUGCUGCAGCGAUGUUUGUCCUGGUACUCAUCAGUCUGACCUGGUGCAGAAUACAGCGUGGGGUCAAGGCGGCAGCUGAUGUCGAGUACCCAGCGUAUGGGGUGACAGGACCCAACAGAGACUCUUCGCCGUCGGGAGAUCGAAGACUUGCUCAAUCCGCGCAGAUGUACCACUAUCAGCAUCAAAAGCAACAGAUCAUAGCAAUGGAAAGUCGAACCGCAACGGGGCGUGAUCCUGGUUCCGUCUCCGAGGCAGAAAGUGACGAGGAGAAUGAGGAGGGUGAUUACACCGUGUACGAGUGCCCUGGGCUUGCUCCGACCGGCGAAAUGGAAGUUAAGAAUCCACUUUUUCACGACGAACCGACGCCCGCAACCCCGGCUGGAUCGAAAAACCUGGGCAACCGAAGGUCUGGAUCAACAUCGUCUGAGGAUCACGUGAUGUAGUACCUAUGGCAAUACCUGGCCAUAAUGUAUGGGCUUUGAUCGGAGAAUUUAAACCGAGCUUCCUCGGGUUACCUGGCGCUUUACUAUACUCCAUACCUUUACAUAGGUAUGGACUUAUCAUAUCCAAAGAUCUUUCAUCUUCGUACUAUUCAGUAUGGCAUACAAUUAGAAUCAAGGUUAUCGAACAAUAAUAUUUUUUCCGUGAAAAAUUAUCAUUAUGAUACAGGAUGCAGAACAUUAUUGAAUCUCCUAGUUCCAAUGAUCGUUCAUUGUAUCGUCGAUCACGAUCUUUACGUGAUCCAUAAAAUAAAAGCAGUUGCCCGUUCA